UGGUUCCAGAAAACUACCAAAAAUACAGUCUUUCCAUCAAUUCCACUUGCCAUACCAAACCAUUAUUCAACAGAAAGCACUCUCCCUCUCUUCGCGCUCCAACGCAGACCCUCCUGUUCUUGAUCUGCCUAAACCUCGAAAAUGACAACAUCAAAGCGCUUUGCCGAAAGGAAGGUUGCCAAGUUUCAGAAGAACAUUACAAGGAGGGGAACGGUGCCUGAAACCUCAUCCAAGAAAGGAUAUGACUACCCAGUCGGCCGUAUUGUCCUCGGAUUCUUUGUCUUCGUUGUUGUUGGAUCAUCUUUGUUUCAGAUAAUCAGGACAGCUACAAGUAAGGGAAUGGCUUAAGGGCUAGCGUUAUUAGUUGCAGGGAGCUGGGGACACCGGGAUGUGAUGAGUUUCAUGUACUUUCAUGUAUAUCGUGAAGGAAAGAUGCUGGUUUUAAGAGCUUAAUGACAAUGUAUAAUGUCUAGCUAUAAAAUGGAUCUCCUGCCUUGUGAAAA